UGGCUCAAUCAGCCAAUAUUCCACGUGCAAAGACGCGUGUGUGACGUGGAGACGGCUCAUGGCCGCACCUGAAGGCUCCGUCACAUUCAAUGUUCGCGCCGACACCAGCUUCGGAGACAGGAUUGUGCUGGUUGGCAGCGGCGAUGCUCUAGGAAACUGGAAUCCGUGUGACGGGGGCGUUGAGCUCACCACGACGGAGAAGGACUAUCCGGUGUGGAAGUCACCCACGAUCAAGCUUGGAAAGGGGGCAGAGUACAAAUACGUUCGGUUGAAGUGCGAUGGAGAUGCAGUUUGGGAGUUUGAUGGUGGAAAUCGUCAGAUCUCUGCAGAGGAUUUGACACAGUCCUCCUCCAUUGUCGUCGACGAUGGCUUUUUUGGUGAGCUUCUGGGAGAUCACUUCUCCUAUCCCGAGGUGCUCUCAAAGCAAGUGCACCGUGGUUCCUCUUUCGACCGCAAGCCUGCGGAAAAUGCCCUGCAGUUGGUAGUUGUAGGCGAUGAUGUGGCUGCUGGUCAUGGAGCGGCGGGCUACAAGGGUUGGUCUGCAGAAUUGGGCAGGCUGCUGAAUGAGCAGUUCGGAUAUGGCUACAGCAAUGUUGCGGAGAUCGGCUUCAACAUGCAGGAGGCUUUGCGGAGAGGUCUCACAGAAUUGCUGCCAAAGCCGCCUCCACAGGUUGUUGUGAUUGCCUUCAGCGCAGAGUUGCGAUGGUUGGCCAACUGCCCAGAUUGGGAGAGGCAGACAAUCUGCGACAACACCAUAAAGGCCAUGGCCGCCCUUGUUGCAGACGCCUGGGAUGCUGGCAUCAUGCCUGUCCUUGCCGGCUUUUGCCCUCAUGAGAGCUUCGAGAGGGAGCAGGCUGAUCUGCUGCGGCGAGCAGAUUCGGAGAUGAGAAGCUUGGGAGCUCCUGUACUGGAUUGGCUCCACGCGCUUAGCCCGGGCGGCGACAAGUUCGGGAAAUGGACUGAUGGUCUUGCAAACUGCAACCUGUACCCCAACACCACUGGGCACCAGCGCAUGCUGGCCUCAGUGAACCAAAGCAUCUUUGAGCCUUUGAAGGUAAAGGAUUUGCUGAUGAAGAGAGCUGCGGAGAUGGCUGAUGUAUGGCGGCUGUGUUUCCAGGACGGAAGGGGGCUGGAGAUUCACUACUGCUUGGCUCGGAAGGAAGUGCAGGUAAGCAAUACGACACAGGACGUGUAUGAACUUAAUCCUGGCUGGGGCGAGAUGCAAUCAAGCCUUGCCGCGACUUUCACAGAAGCACCCUGGACACUGCGAAGGGGUCUCUACGUAAGGUUUUCGGAUGACCAGGAAGCUCUCUUUUCUCUCUUUCUAGGUGAUUCUGGCACGCUGCAGUCCGGUGGUAAAGUUCCAGCUGGCAGCACUGUGAAGCUGCGGCUUGUGGACAGCAAGCUCCAGGGAUUGCCGGCGGGCAGCACCAAGCUCUUCUGCGAUGACAAUCUGCAGGUUGUGAGGACUGCUGAAGGGCGCCUUCAGCUCUUCAACCAAGCCAAUUGUGAGUACAACGUGCACCCAAUGUGGUAUGACGUGCGACAAGCAACCAAAGCUGUGCAGCACGGAGUUUAUGAAGAUGCAUCAGGACUGCCUUUCCGGACGGCCAUCAUUUCCUGCCACGGACUGCAGUCUCGCGUGAAAGUGCCUGCCAAGUCUGCGGUGGAACUGUGCAGAGUUGGCGACCUGAAGUCGAUCCAGCAAGUUGCCGUGCUUCCUCUUGGCGACCGAUGCUCCACUCGCAUGCUGCUGCACAAGAUCGAAUUUGACGGCCCGUGCUAUCCAUUUGAUCUGACCAGAACAACUAGUCUGGCAGAUGUGGCAGAUAUGGCUGCCACAGGCUUCGAGGACAUGUGGAACCCGGACUGUCUGUACUAUGAUGGCGAUGUUGGGCGAAUAUUCCACCGGAAAUGGAAUGGCCUAUCCUUUGCCCAUGAGGUGGAGUAUGAGCAGGGCGAGGACCCUAUUGGCAACUUUGCUCCGAUUGUGGAAAGAAUGAGGAAGAGAUACACCAGCAGAGCGGCUCGUUUCGAGUGGGCCUGCAAGAAUGCCGACAGCGUACUCUUCGUUCGAACUGGCGUGGCCUCCAGAGCCGAAGUGUCGGAUCUUCUGUCACGGAUGCAGCAGCGCUAUCCUGACCUCCAAGCCAAGCUGCUGCUCAUAUCGGAUCAAGACACUGGCGAGUUUAGCGGGUUGGCCAACGUGACGCACAUCCGGGAGAGCUUUGAUCCUGACAGGAUGUAUGAGGAUAUGAACUACUGGAUUAACUGUGCACAUCGCUUUCGUGGGAUCUUGGAGGGAGUUGGAAUCACAGCCCGAAACCUCUACUGGUGCCCAAAUAAUCUCAAAGAAGCCGAGAAGGAGCUCGAAGGCGCUGCCGAGAACGGCAAAAAGGAAUCUGGCAAGGAAUCUGGCCUCAAGGCCACAAAGCUGACGUCAGAAAUCGCAAAAUUUUCCCAUGCUAACCUGUACGAGCUGCAUCAGGUACACAUAGAAAUGUCCGAGGCUUAGGGCCUGCAGCACCUAUGCUCAAUGGCCUAUCCAGGAAUCGAGCGUCACCAAGGAAGUUCGAGAAAGACAGUCCCAAGAAGGAGACUCCUGCAGCAACAGGAUUUUUGUAGACAAGACGGGGCCCAUGCCCCUUUCUGGUCUGGCGCCCGUUCGCAAGCCUCAUGGUGGCCGGAUGCGCCUUCUUCCAUAGCCAGCACUGAAGGUAGGGAAGGUUCAAGGAGAAGCUCGGUCCGCGCUUCAUGGCAUAGUGCUUAACUUCCCAACCUUUUGUGCUUUAGUUUUCUAUCUAGCAAAACAGGGCAACCAUAGCAGCAGCCUUAGCAGCCUUGGCAGCCUUGGCAGCCUUGGCAGCCUUGGCAGCCUUGGCAGCCUUGGCAGCCUUGGCAGCCUUGGUAGCCUUCAGGCACCUGCGUGGCUGGCGCUAAAUAUAAUUUGUAGACAGGUUUUGCUGCUCGCCGGUCAAACAUGGCCGGGUCUGUGGCAGAGGUCGCUUAAAGUGAGAGGGGAUAUUUUUCCAGCCGCAAGCUCCAGGCUCCAACUGUACAGAGAGGAGAAACGCCAGGGCGUGGGUGCUUGGGUCGUUGUGUCGUUG